AUGGUUCAUGCCACCUUGAGUAUGGCGCUAUUUGUGUCAAAUGUUGAUGUUGGAACUUCUCUUGUAGAUAUAUGUAUUCCUAAUGCAGCUUUUCUCAAUGCUUGUUGGUUAUGGAAAGAAAUGGAAGUGGCUGAAAUGGUGAUCGAGCUUUCGUUCAUUUUGGAUACCAAGCCAACCUCAGCUUAUGUCGUUUUUCCUCACAUAUAUGUAGCAUUGGGAUAUUCGGGGGAGAAGCUGAAUAUGAGAAAUGGAUUGAGAGAAUUGAAGAAUGUGAAAAUGGAUGCUAGGUUAUUGGACAAUGACAGCUGGCUGGCAUUUGCAAGGCUGCGGGUUCUCAGAAUAUAUCCUGUGUCGGAGUUACGCUUCAUGCACAUAAAAAAAUUGAUUGUUGAACUAUAUAAAGAGGCAAGACUUAAGAGCAGCUCUCUCUUUUUGUGA